UUCCUCCGGGGCAAAAACUCUGUGGUAAUUAUGACUAUGUAGGGAAAGGAGGUUGUAGAGAAGCAGAGGAGAUAGGAAAACCGGCCCGUCAACGAGCCGAAACAGUGUAUCCACCGCAAAAUGAUGAGGCAAAAACUAUACUGCUGAAGAAAUUGCUGCUUGGGAAAAAUAAUUCUCGAACUGCUAAUACUCAAAAUCAAACCUUAACUUCCUCUGAGACAAUAAACGAGCAGAUAACUAAAAAGGAAGCCGAAUUGCAAAAAAUCAAAGAAAAUAAAGGCGGAAAUUCGGAAGAAGUUCGCAAAUUAGAACAGGAAAUCCAAGAAUUAUUAUCAAAAAACCAACAAAAAAACAACUCUACUACUGAAAAUUCAAAAAAUCCCAAUGAGAAUAAGAUAAUUGCUUAUUCAAUUGUCGGCUUCUCGCUGGUUGCUUUGGUCG